ACGUGAGAAAAAGAAGGAGAGAGGGAGAAAGAGAAAUAGAAAUAAAAGGAGAAAGAGAAAGAGAAAGAGAAGAAGAGGAGGAAUUCGAACGUCGUGCCAAAGGGAACACGCAAAGGCGCGCGUUGUUCCCUCUCUCCCUUCCUCAACAGGCCACCCCCUUACUUUCGCGUACGUGUCGCGUGCUCUCGCGCAUGUCUUCUUCAUCCUCCUCCUUUUCCUCCUCCUCAUCCUCCACAUCCUCCUCCUUCACCUCCACCUCUUCCUCCUGUUCCUUCUCUUCUUCGUCAUCACCCCAUCGAGAACUUUUGUUUUGAUCUUGAAGUUGCCAUCGGCGGACGCAGAAGUCCAUCCGGCUCGCGUUAGAUCGAAACGUUAGCGAGAUUUAAACGUGAGAGGGAAAGAGAGAGUGAGGGACUGAGAGAAGUGUACAUGUAUAACACACCUAGUGGGGAGAGAGAGAUAUCGAUCGUGGGACCAUUGACGUCCGUUUCUGGAGAACGCGGCACACGAAGAGACGUUAAGGGUGCUUUUCGCGAACCAACCCCCUUUUACCACCACCACCACCACCACCACCACCACUACCAGUACUAUUAUUACUAUUCUACCUCGUUCCUCUUUUUUAUCUAUAUCUUCUUUCUCUCUUUGACUUACUUCGCUGUGAAUUUUACGCGCGAACCUUGUUCGACAAGAGGAACCUUAGUGAGUGAGAUAGAUUCUAGGAUAAAGAAGGACUCCUUGGGAGGAUGCAACCCGGCUUACGUGUUUUAGUAUUUUCACGUGAUUUUCAACAACAUCCUCGGCAUCGUAAUUGUCUCACUUCUGACAAUACUAUUUCUACUACUACUACUACUACUACUACUACUACUGCUGCUAUUGAUAUUGAUACUACUAUUUUUAUUAUCGCUGCUGCUGCUGCUGUUAUUAUUAUUAUUAUUAUUAUUAUCAUUGUUGUUAUCGUUGUUGUUGCACGACAAAACAGUGCACAUUUUCGCGCUAUUAGUUUAUCUUACGAACGAGCUAAAAGUGCUGCGUGUUACUAUUCGAGUUUUUUUUCCAACGCUAAGGGGAUGAUCGUUACGUGAUCAACGAGAUACAACAAUUAAGCGUUUUUAAUAUUCCAUCUAGUGGUUCUGAGAAACUCUUUCUUCUCGACGACAUCGUGCAACAAUGGGUCGGAAGAAGAUUCAGAUCUCGCGCAUCACGGACGAACGAAACCGUCAGGUGACCUUUAACAAGAGGAAAUUCGGGGUAAUGAAGAAGGCGUACGAAUUGUCGGUACUAUGCGAUUGCGAGAUUGCACUGAUUAUCUUCAGUUCGAGCAACAAGCUGUACCAGUAUGCGAGCACCGACAUGGACAAGGUUCUUCUCAAGUAUACAGAGUACAACGAACCCCAUGAGUCCCUCACCAACAAGAAUAUCAUCGAGGCGCUCAACAAGAAGGAACAUAAGGGUGCCAUGUCUCCGGAGAGUCCGGAACCCGACGCGAUCGAGUAUAAUCUUACCCCGCGUACCGAGGCCAAAUACACCAAGAUCGACGAAGAAUUUCAGAUGAUGAUGCAGAGGCACCAGCAUAAUGGCACAAGGGGGAUGGGACAAUCUAAUUACACAUUACCAGUAACUGUGCCAGUUAAUAGUUAUGGUGAAUCGCUACUUGGAUCUAGUCCUCAAAUGGCACAUACCAGCAUUUCUCCCAGACCUUCAUCCUCUGAAACAGAUUCAGUUUAUCCACCAGGAGGAAUGUUAGAAAUGAGUAAUGGGUAUCCUCCAUCAGCUUCUCCGUUAGGUGGAUCACCUAGUCCAGGACCUUCACCAGCACUUGGAGUUGGUGGAGGUAGCGCGAAUAAAGGCAGUAAUCCAUCAAGGCAUUCACCACAACCACCACCACCUCCACCACCACCACAUCCUCACAGAGCUAACCUUCGAGUAGUUAUUCCGACACCACUCACACAACCACUUUCUGAAGACACCAAUUAUGACAGCGGCCACACACAAUCUGCAUUGAAUACACCGGUAGUAGCAUUACAGACACCUUCAGUACCAGCUGGAUAUUCCAGUUUUGGUCCCACGGAUUAUUCCUCUGAUCUAGGAAGUCUUGCAUGGUCUCAUCAGAGGUACGUUGAUGACUUAUCAAUGUAUUCGGCAGCCACCAUGUCCAGCAUCAGCGGUCUUCCUCAUUUAGCUGUCUCAAGUAGCACACCGCCACCAUCGACGUCACCGUUGCCAGUGAAAAUAAAAAGUGAACCGAUAAGUCCACCACGAGAUCCGCACGGAGGAGGUAACAGUGGUUCAAGUGGAGGGCCAAGUAAUGCCAGUAAUUUGCAUCAUACAAACUUGAAUGUUGGUCCUUCGUCUAGUACAGGUGGUCCACCCCCGCAUCACGUAUCACAUGCCGGCCCUCAGACAUUAAAUUUAGUAUCUAGCAGACCAAGCAGUAAUCCACCACCAUCCCACUCGGGUAGCAUAACCCCAACAAAUCUACCAUCCCCGGGUAGUGGGACAGUUGGUGAUAUCAGAACGACGAGUCAUCCUGCUAAUGCUGCCAACGGGGGAAAUAGUUCGGAUUAUGAAAAUGGACCGCUUAUGAAACGGUCCAGGAUUACGGAAGGAUGGGCGACUUAAUGUCAAUCCAAUUGUUGCACCCAAUUCUUUCAUACCUCGACGUACAACGGCAUAUAGUGCUUGUGAGUUCCAGUAUAUUAUUAUAAACAAACAAACAAACAAACAAACAAAAAACAAACUAAAACUCAUUUUAACGUCCUCGCGAGACAAAAUAUAUACACUUAUUCAUUUUUAAGUGAUUGCAAUGAUGAUUAAAAUGAUGAUAAUGAAGAUGAUGAUGAU